AUGAUGAAACUUUACUUUCAAACUGGAGAAAUAUUAAAACAAUUAACAUUAACAUCAUCAUCAUUACCUAUUUUGUUAUUAUCAUUACGUUCUGAUGGUCUUUUUCUUGCAUAUAUAUCAUCAAGAACAAUUACAGUAGUUGAUAUUAUAAUCGGUACAAAUGUAUUUACAACAACAUGUUUAUCUGAUGAACAAUUCUUUAAUAAAUUAUUUUAUUCAUCACAAAUGUUAAUUAUUGGUUUAAUAAAUGGUUCAUGUGAUGUAUGGAAUUUAAGAAUAUGUGAAAAAAUUAUGCAUUAA